AUGGCGCACAUGAAGCUCCACAUCCUCACCAUCGCAGUGAUCGCGACACUGGCUUCGACACACGUCCUCCCUCCCAGCGACGACCCCCUCAUCAACCUUACCUACUCUGCCAACCUCAAAGACACACCCAUAAACUAUGUCGCCGCUACAUUCGAUCCCUCCACCGUCCACACCACCGCCGACCCCCCACCCCCCAACGCGAAAUUCGACAAAGCCGUCUCCACCGGCCAAACCCUCGACUCCGCCAUGAAAUCCAAAGACAACAUCGCACGCUGGCUCUUCAAAGACUUCCCCCAGUACGCCGAAACAUGCCAGUCCCCCUUCACCGGCGACGGGCGUGCCGACCUCGCGAAAUGGGGUUUCGACGACAGUGACGCCCUGAGCGAGAAGAUAAAGAACGAGUGCGACUUUGACGCGUAUCACAAGAUCAAAGCGGCGUUUGACGAGAUCGGACUGGAUACGAGGGCGGCGAAGGAUGGGGGGCCGAAUCGGUGUUUCAAGGUUAAUCAUAGGGAUGGGCCGGCGAUUAAGAGGGAUGAGAAGGGGGAGUUGCCGAAUGAGGCGAAGCAGUAUUAUGAUGUGUGCGGAAGGGAAUACAGAGCCACAGGCGCAUCCUACGAAUUCGCCGCCAACCCCUCCGGCCUCCUCGCCCUCAUGAACAUCAUGUCCAUGACCUACUCCGCAAAAACAUACACCUGGUUCCGCACGCCCCUGCCCUCUGAACUGCCCGACAUAGGCACGACGCAGGAUAUCGGGUGGGCCAUGUGGAACCGCGUGGGCGCAGCGAAUCUGGCUGGACUCAAGUAUCUGCUUGUGACGCAGGUGAUGAAUGCGGGGAGUAGGGAGAUCUUUCGGCAUGCGUUGGGGUUGCUGGACCCGCCGGAGAGUUCACCAGUAGGGCGAUGGGCGGGCUAUCUCUUGCUCCAGCACAAGGACCAGCUUGGCGGAAACAGGUACAUCGAGAAGGUGCGGCUGUUCAAACCGCCAGGGGCGAGUUUGCCGUACCUUCUCUUCUAUGUGGCGAAGGAUCCGUGGGUUGGUGAGGUUAAACCGGUAUCUGCGAAGAUGGUGAGCGGGAUGAACAUCACAAAUGCGUUGGAGAUGGACGAUGAUUCCAAGAAUGUUGUGAGGAGAGAGGAUGAAAAGAACCUCAUCAGACAGCAUGUUGUCGUUGUCCGAACCUAG